AUGCAUUGUGAGAGGUUUCUAUGUGUCCUGAGAAUAAUUGGAACCACACUCUUUGGAGUCUCUCUCCUCCUCGGAAUCACAGCUGCUUAUAUUGUUGGCUACCAGUUCAUCCAAACGGAUAAUUACUAUUUCUCCUUUGGACUUUAUGGUGCCUUUUUAGCAUCACACCUCAUCAUCCAAAGCCUCUUUGCCUUUUUGGAACACCGGAAAAUGAAAAAGUCCCUUGAAACCCCCAUUAAACUGAACAAAACAGUAGCCCUGUGCAUCGCUGCCUAUCAAGAAGACCCUGAUUAUUUACGCAAAUGUUUGCAAUCUGUGAAAAGGUUGACCUACCCUGGGAUUAAAGUCGUGAUGGUCAUAGACGGGAACUCAGACGAUGACCUUUACAUGAUGGACAUCUUCAGUGACGUCAUGGGCAGGGACAAAUCAGCCACUUACAUCUGGAAGAACAACUACCAUGAAAAGGGACCUGGCGAGACAGAAGAGUCCCAUAAAGAAAGUUCACAACAUGUGACCCAGUUGGUCUUGUCUAACAAAAGCAUCUGCAUCAUGCAAAAAUGGGGCGGGAAGAGAGAAGUCAUGUACACAGCCUUCCGAGCACUGGGACGAAGUGUGGAUUAUGUACAGGUAGGUCCGAAAACGCCUGCCAGGGCGAGCAUACGUCGAAAUAAAGCAGCUUUUGUAUCUCCUUAGUCCUAUGCUAUAGGCCAUCCUUGUCCCUUCUGAACACAGUGCCCCUUUCAGUCCAUUGGAAAACAGUAUGACUGUUGAAAGCGCAUUUUAAAAGACAGAAAAAAAAAUCUUGUAAAACUGUUAGGAGCAUCUAUGAAAGUGCUUCCUUGUCCAUGCAAUUGGUCAGAAACUGGGAUUAUUUGGACAGGAGACCCCCCUUCUUUCGUUUCUCUGCCUUUUCCUUAGUUCUUCUCUGUGCCUCUGGAUUCUGCCAAGCCAAAUCUGACAUCCUUGUCCACACUGUUUAA